CAAGAAGUGAUUUCCUGCAGCCUUUCAGAGUUAUCUGCUCUUAUCUGCUCUCAAAGGAAAGUUAGAAGGUGGAAUGUCAGAAGACUGCAAGAGUAUUGUUUUUCCUCAUACUGCUGUCCCGUAGCCAGAUAAUCCCUAUUUACCCUGAAAGGAGUUCUAAGAGCUCCAUGUCUCUUUGAUCAAGUCCCAAGAAGAGAAAUUUUCAUUUUCUCAAAGAAAAGGCACAGAGUUGUAACCAUUGGUAAUUACCAUCAUGGAGACCCAGAGCCAUAACAACAUUCAGGAGAGACCCACACCCUCCAUCAAGGGGAGGGCAUCGGUGGAGGACAAUCAGUUGAUGAAAGCUGUUACAAAAGAAGACAUAAAGCUGGUUCAGCAAUUGCUGGAAGGAGGGGCUGAUGUCAAUUUCCAGGAAAAAGAGUGGGGCUGGUCACCUCUGCAUACUGCAGUGCAAAAUGGCCAGGAGGACAUCGUGGAUCUUCUGCUUCGUUAUGGUGCUAAUCCUUGUCUGAGGAAGAAGAAUGGGGCCACUCCCUUCAUCAUCGCUGGGAUCGGAGGAAAUGUGAAGCUGCUGGAGCUUUUACUUUCUAAAGGUGCAGAGGUCAAUGAGUGUGAUGCUAAUGGCUUCACAGCAUUCAUGGAAGCUGCUGUGAAGGGGAAGAUUGAAGCCUUAAGAUUCCUGUAUAAGUGUGGGGCAAAUGUGAAUUUGAGUCGAAAGACAAAGGAGGUUCAAAAGAGGCUUAGAAAAGGAGGGGCCACAGCUCUAAUGGAUGCUGCUGAAAAUGGACAUGUAGAUGCCUUGAAGAUCCUCCUUGAGGAGAUGGGGGCAGAUGUCAAAGCCUGUGACAAUAUGGGCAGAAAUGCUUUGAUCUAUGCCCUUAGGAACUCUGAUCAUAGAAACGUGGAGGUCAUCACUCGCCUCCUGCUGGACCAUGGGGCUGACGUCAAUGUGAGGGGAGAGAAAGGGAAGACACCCCUCAUCAUGGCAGUGGAAAAGAAGCACUUGGGUUUGGUGCAGAUGCUUCUGGAACAAGAACAUAUAGAGAUUAAUGACACAGACAGUGAGGGCAGUACAGCACUUCUGUUGGCUGUCCAACUCAACCUGAUAGGAAUUGCUCAACUGUUAUGUGAGAAGGGGGCCAGCACAGACUGUGGAGAUCUGGUUAUGAUAGCGAGGCGCAACUAUAACAGUUCCCUUGCCAAGUUUCUUCUCCUUCAUGGGGCCAGAGAAGAUUUUCACCCUCCUGCUGAAGACUGGAAGCCUCAAAGUUCACGUUGGGGGGAGGCCUUGGAACACCUCCACAGAAUAUACCGCCCUAUGAUAGGCAAACUCAAGAUCUUUAUUGAUGAGGAAUAUAAAAUUGCUGACACUUCUGAAGGGGGUAUCUACCUGGGGUUCUAUGAAGGCCAAGAAGUAGCUGUGAAAUGCUUCUGUGAAGGCAGCACACAUGGACAAAGGGAGAUGUCCUGUCUGCAGAGCAGCCGAGCAAACAGUGACUUGGUGACGUUCUAUGGGAGUGAGAGUCACAAGGACUGUCUGUAUGUGUGCCUUGGCCUCUGUGAGCAGACGCUGGAGGAGCACUUGGAUAAGCACAGAGUGGAGGUGGUGGAAAAUGAGGAAGAUGAGUUUGCCCGGAAUGUCCUUUCCUCUGUGUUUAAGGCUGUGGAAGAGCUACAUCUACUGUGUGGAUACACUCAUCAGGAUCUGCACCCUGGAAACAUCUUAAUAAAUUCCAAGAAUGCUAUCUGCCUGGCAGAUUUUGAUAAAAGCAUCAAGUGGACUGGAGAGCCGAAGGAAAUCAAGACAGAUCUAGAGGCCCUUGGAUUGCUGGUCUUAUAUGUGGUAAAGAAGGGAGAUCUCCUUUUUGAGACCCUGAAGACUAAAAGUAAUGAAGAGGUAAUUCAACUUUCUCCAGAUGAGGAAACUCGGAACCUCAUUUAUCACCUGUUUAACCCUGGAGAAAAUGUGAAGGAGCAUCUGAGUGGCCUGCUGGGUCAUCCCUUCUUUUGGAGUUGGGAGAGCCGCUAUAGGAUGCUUAGGGAUGUGGGAAAUGAAUCGGACAUUAAAAUACGAAAACGUGAUAGCAAUAUUGUCCAGCUACUGCAACCUGGAACAUCUGAACAUUCCAGAAGUUUUGCCCAGUGGACUUCUAAGAUUGACAACUAUGUUAUGGAAGAAAUGAAUAAGUAUUAUGAAAAACACAAACGCUAUAAGAACACUGUGAAUGAUCUGCUAAAGUUCAUCCGGAAUUUGGGAGAACAUAUUAAUGAAGAAAGAAACAAAAAGAUGAGGUCGAGUAUUGGAGAACCUUUCCAAUAUCUGCAAAAGGAAUUUCCCGAUCUGGUCAUCUAUGUCUACACGAAACUACGGAACACAGAAUACAGAAAGCAUUUUCCCAAAACCCACAAUUUAAACAAACCUUAGUGUGAUGGAGGUCAUCCCUGAGUGGUGUCUAAGUUUUUAGAGUUCAGAGAGGUACUUAUUUAGCUGUGUGAUCCUGGGCAAGUCACAACUCUCUGAGUCUCUUAACUAACCUGGCUGUUUGUGAGGAUGAGUUAGAUAGUGGAUGUGUCAGGCUCUGAUACACUGCCUGGUCUUCCCCACAUGUUUAUAACAACAACAACAAAAAAAUGUAUACGCUCAAACUACCUUCCUUGUCUUUUUUACAGGUAAGGCUUAGUGGCAGGAGCUGGGAGGGCAACCUUCUAAAAUAUCUCUUGUCAGUUGCACCCCAGGAGUACGUGCCUACACAUUUAAUGCUUGUAUAUUUUAUGUUGACUGUCUCAUUUAAUUCUGCCAAUGACCUUGCAAGACAGGAUUUAUUAUCCCCAUUUAAGAACUGGCAGACCUGAGACUCAGAGAGUUUGAAUUACUUGCCCAAGAUCAUACAACUUGCAUGGAGCAUGGUAUAAAUGCAUGCCGUGUUAUUGUUAUCAUUUACUUGGGUAUUUAAAACUUAAUCACUAGCCCCAGGGAUCUUCUGGAUGGAUCCCCCAAAGGAAUAUGUAAAAGAGACUCCAGGAAGUUUAUUCACUCAUUUACUCCACUUAUUCAUUCAUUCAUUCACUCAAUAUUUGUUGAACACCUAGUAUAAGCCUAGGCACUAACUGUAUGAAUUCCAUUCCUCCUAGAACCACCUACACUGGUUUUCCAUGACCUCAUGGCAGUAGCUCUCAACUGGGGGCAGUUUUGCCCCUCAGGGGCCUUUUGGAAUUGUCUGGGGAUGUUUUUGGUUUUAAAUCUGGGAGAUAAGGCGUGUUAUUGACUCUGAUAGAUGGAGGUCAGGGAUGAUGCCAAACAUUCUAUGAUGCACAGGAUAGCCCCCCACAACAUAGAAUUAUCCAGCCUAAAAGAUCAGUGGUACUAAGACUGAGAGACUCUGCCUUAAGAGAUUGGGACACUUUUGAACUGGACUUGGAUUUGUAGUGAAACAAUUCCAGUGUCACCUCCUCAGGAAGUCCCCCGAACACCCCCACCCUCCACACCCCAGUCUGAAUGCGCUCUGGCCCCCUAGCACCUAGAGCAUGCUUCUCUCCACCUUGAGCUUACUUCUUGCCCACUGGAAUGUAAGCUUCCAAGGGCCAAUGAUAUAUAUAAUGUUUAUUUAUUUAUUUUGAGAGAGAAAGUGUGAAUGAGUGAGGGGCAGGGAGAGAGGGAGAGAG